AUGGCCACUUUCAACAAUGAAUCCAAGCGAUGGCUGCAGCGCGUCUCUCACCGCGCAAGUCACAUUCCCUACAUAUCCACUGUAACAGGCGGCGCCAGCACAUCGACGUCGACAGGUAGCCUGCCGCAGCGAAAGUCGGGCGGCAGUACAGGCACAAGCAGCAGCCAUCUGAAUCUGACGCUGUUACACGACAAGAGGCACUCGUCCUAUCUCGCCUCGCCCACCGAAACCGAGUUCGCGGCCACUCCCAUCGACCCCUCCUUUGGCGACCGCAUCGAGCGUCCAGCGCCUGCACGAGCCGCACCAGAGUUGCCUCCUGUCUCCGACCGGAAGCGCUCUCGCAGCGACACGGUCACGCGAGCCGAGGUGAAGAGCACAAUGGACAAGUACGCGCGGCAGGCGGGAGACAGCACCUACGACAGCGACGCUGAAGCCGACGACGAGUUCGAGCGCUCCGUCUUCAGUUCACCUAUCAUAGCCGGCCACUUUCACGACGACCAAUCCGACCACCCAUCCGACUCGGAAGACGCCCAAUCUAUAGACGGCGAGGACACGCCAACGACGCAGGGCUGGGCCGAUAGGGACGGGAGGAGUCCCACGGGGAAGAUAACACAAUGGACGGAAGAAGAGGCUGCAGACUACAUUGCCAGUCUCUCGCCUGCCUUUAAGCAGUAUGGUGCGACGUUUGUGGAUGAAGGAGUCAAUGGCGAGGCACUGAUUGCCCUGCAUCACGACGAGUUGCGGGAAUUGGGUAUUGCAAGCGUGGGACACAGACUCACGAUACUGAAGGCCGUCUAUGAGCAGAAGAUGCGGGCAGGGGUCAAGAUUGAGGAGGGCGAUUAUGUUCCGCUCUCCGCGGAAGGGGAGAAGGGCGACUUGACUGCCACCCAGGACGACAUUUCACGAAUCAUCGAAUCCAUCCGUCUCCGCGACCAGAGGAUAAUCGCCGCAGAGGCAGAGCUGCGAGCUAUGAAACAGGAUCUGGACAGGAUAGCAGACGAGAACAAGAAGCUAAGAGAGGAAACAUUACCGAUCAUGAGAUUGGUGAAAGACCAGCGAACGCCUUUGCCGGACCCGGCAGGUGGGACAAUACCUUCGCCACGGGAGGAGAACAUGAACUUGAAGCCAGAAUCAGUCCAAUCGAAGGGCAGUUCGCUGAGCAGGAAGUUCUCCACGAAGAAGCUCUUCCUCAAGAAUACGGACAAUACGAAACAACCUUCGCCAACACAGUCACAUACACCACAACCUAGAGAAGUUCGAGAUGAUGGCGGCGCCCAUCUGGAGGCAUCAGCAGCUGCAAUGGCUGCGAGCAGUCACUUGACAGCCAGCAUGACGAGCCAAGCCAGUCCGAAUAGCGUACACGGUCAGCAGAUAAGCCCUACCAGUCCGGCAUACACUGUACAGCCGCCUGGCUCUGCGGGGCAUCCAUCGGGCACGGCUGCGAGUCGCUCCUUCCCUCGAGAUGGCACAUCUUCUCGGCAAGAACGUCAUUAUGGCCACACGGACGACACAGGCACCGGCUACUCGACGAACAGUCAUUACAGCCAAGCCAGUACGGUCGUGGCAGACCAGUCAAGUGCACGCCUUCGGGAACAGGAUAGAGCAAGACGGCAAGCUCCAACACCUAGUCCACGAGAGGAUGAGCAUCCUGGAACUUCACGAGACAGAGACAAUCCGCAGGUCGAGAUCUUCAAGAGCUUCCGCGUCAGUAUAGACGACCCUUGUCGUGUCGUGUUACCGGUGGCAUUAAAACGCUACAACAUCACCGACGAUUGGCGGCAGUAUGCCUUAUACAUCGUGCACGGUGAUCAAGAACGCUGUCUCGGUCUCGAAGAGAAGCCUUUACUGCUCUUCAAACAGCUCGACAAAGAAGGACGAAAGCCCAUGUUCAUGCUUAGACGGCACGCCUCCCCACAAGAAGGCUGGAGCGGAACAUCAACAGCGGCGGUGCCAAACCAGGAAGCUGCCAAGCAGCCUGUGCCGGGCGGUGUUCUGUGA